UGAGAAUAUCUUCGUCUACGCCCGGGCCGCCCACGGACGCGUUGUUGCUGGAAGUGAGCUUUUGCUCUUGCAGCGUCGUUCCCCUUCGCCAUCUUCUUUCCUCUCCUAUCAAUCCUUGAAAUCCCCGAAGAUGGAUAGGGAGAAGCUCAUGAAGAUGGCCGGUGCAGUUCGCACUGGUGGAAGGGGCAGUAUGCGCAGGAAGAAGAAGGCAAUCCACAAGACCACGCCAACAAAUGACAAGAGGCUUCAAAGCACUUUGAAAAGAAUAGGGGUAAAUGCUAUCCCUGCCAUUGAAGAAGUCAACAUCUUUAAAGAUGAUAUUGUCAUCCAAUUUGUGAACCCUAAGGUGCAAGCUUCAAUUGCAGCAAAUACGUGGGUAGUUAGCGGUUCUCCCCAGACAAAAAGACUUCAAGAUCUGCUGCCUGGGAUCAUCAACCAACUGGGCCCUGAUAACUUAGACAACCUGAGGAAGCUGGCAGAACAGUUCCAGAAGCAGUCACCUGGCGCUGGUGCUGCUGCUAAGGUGGAUGACGAUGAUGAUGUGCCUGAGCUUGUGGCAGGAGAGACAUUUGAAGCGGCUGCCAAUGAUAACCAAACUGCAGCUGCUACUGAAAACAAAGCCGCAGCUGACCAUGAAAACCAGGCACCAUAGAGAUUACAAACUUUCAGGGAAUCUGUCAAAACCCCGUUUUAAGUGUUUUAAGUGUUAUAUGGAAGCUUUCUAAAGUUUUGAUUUCGCAGGUUCUUUCUCAUUUUGUGACAAAGUAGAAGACCUGAUCCUGUCAUUCUUGUUUUGUCACUCGAAUAGCCGGCCAUUUAAGGAAGCUGAUGUUUUGCUACUUUGUUUUCCUAGAAGGCAUGUUGGAGUGCUUUCUUCUUCAUAGGCAUGGUUCGCCUGACCAAGUUGAUGAACUGCACAAAGUGCUCAUUUUACUGUCUUAUUACUUGAUGGAUUUAGUUCUUGUCAAACUUGCUGCUUGCCAACAAAAAAUGCAGUAUUCAACAUCUAAACUCUUUCAAAGAAUCCUGCAAAGAUUGAAAUAUGUCUACUUCCUCGUGUAAUAGAAUCUGAAUAAUUUGUUUUGAA